AUGAUCUCUUGUCGCAAACUGGAGUUUAAAGGCGACACCGGACUGCGGUCGGUGGAAGUCGAGGCGAAGUCAGCAGGAUCCUCUGCUCCACAUCGGGGAUGGUGUCUGACCACUGCAAGCGGUUCCAAAAGUUCGUCCCAAAGUAGAAGAAUGAGCUGCCCAUCUCCCCCGGAAGAGGUUCUCACACCCCGUCGGCACAGACAGGCGGCCCGGCUCCGAAAACAGAAGCUCGUUUCCAAACUGAGCGACUCUGGGUUUGAAGAGGAUUUGUUAUCCGCGGCGAUUUCUCGCAGGUUUCGGAUCAAUGAGUCAAACGGCGGGGGGGACGAGCAGGAGCCCGGGGCUGGACAGCUGCCCAACUGGUACCUCCAGUACGGAGAUGUUGGUUUCAAGAUCCAGAGGGAGAAAGAGGCACAGUUCCAGUCCUGCAAAAGUCUGGCUCGCCAACCACAAUUGACCGCAGCGGCAAGGUGCAAGCUGGUCAGCUGGCUCAUCCCGGUCCACAAGCACUUCCGCCUGUCCUUCGAGUGCUGCUGCCUGACGGUGAACAUCAUGGACCGCUUCCUGGCGUCCACUCCGGUGGCCUCUGACUGCUUUCAGCUUCUGGGUGUCACCGCGCUUCUCCUGGCCAGCAAACAGGUGGAGGUGUGCUCCCCACCGGUCAGCCACCUGUUGUCUCUGUGCUGUGAUGCUUUCACCAAGGAGCAGCUCCGCAACCUGGAGUGCCUGGUCCUCCUCCGUCUCAACUUCCGGCUGGCCGCUCCCACGCUGGCCUUCUUCCUGGACUAUUUCGCCAACUGCAUCGAGGCUUCUCGGCCUGCGAUUGAGAACCGUGGCGGCGGCAUGUUGUCGGGUGUGAGUCCGGGCGUGGCGUGUGUCAGGCGGUGCAGCAGUCUGGCACAAAAAGUGUGCGAGCUGACUCUGGCAGACUACGCUUUCAAUAAAUAUCCGCCAUCCCUGACGGCCAGCAGUGCUCUGACACUGGCCUGGGAGUUCCUGAAAAGCCAGCACGGCUCCAUUGAGCAGUCGGGGGGAGACCAGUGGGGCGAUUUCACAGAGGAACUUUGCACACAAACAGUUUCUGUUCAAACGCCUGAAGAUCCUGGCUCUGAUGACGACUCUGGGGCACUGAAUCAGAAUCUCCUGUCCGUCGGGGAAGUGCUCUACAACCGAAGUCUGGUACAGGAAUGCAAAGAAAACCUGAGGCUGCUCGUUUCUUUAAACCAGGAGACCAUGUCAGUCGUUUGA